AUGGUUAAAGGGGGUGGACAUGAGAAUUUCUUGUGGGACACCCAAUCAUGGGCGUUUUUCGAUUCGGAGAAUUCUGGUGGUAGUGGCGCGAAGAAUUCAGGGGGAAAGCCCCUAGAUUUGGGGUCGAACACGCAGACACCAAGGGGGAAGGAGGUGGCGAUGUCGUUGGAAGGGAAGAAGCGAGGGUGGGUUGAUGGGAAGAAUGAUCAAGUGGAGGGUGAAGGAAAAAAUGGUGAUCAGACGACAUCAGAUCAUGAGAUGCAUAUAUGGACAGAGAGAGAGAGGAGGAAGAAGAUGAGGGAUAUGUUCUCGGGGCUCCAUGCUUUGCUCCCUGACCUGCCUCCAAAGGCAGACAAGUCCACAAUUGUGGAUGAAGCAAUAAGGCGAAUAACAUCUCUGCAAAAAACCUUCCAGCAGCUGCAAAAGAAGAAGAUCGAAAGGCUUCAUGGGGUCACAUUUAUUAACAAUUCUGAUCCAUCCAUGGACUGUAGAGAAGGUUUCAUGGCUAACCAGGUGGCUUCAAUGGCUACUCCCUCAGAUGCCUGCACCGCUCUAUCGGGCUCUCGCUUUCCUCCUAUGUUUAAAACAUGGACUUCUCCGAAUGUGAUCUUGAAUGUGUGCGGUGAACAAGCCCAGAUUAAUAUCUACUCGCUCAAGAAGCCGAGGCUGCUUAGCUCCAUUUGUUGUGCAUUGGAGAAGUACAAAAUAGAGGUGGUUUCUGCUCAUGUUUCAUCGGAUCAAAAUUUGAUGAUGUGCAUGAUCCAAGCCCAUGUAAGUAUGGGUCCUAAUCAGCUUGCUGAAGCAUUCCCAGUGGAGGACAUCUACAAGCAAGCAGCAGGAGAGAUAAUGCUGUGGAUCAAUUCUUGA